AUGGACGCGGUGCUGCUAGAGCACUUCCCCGGGGGCCUGGACGCCUUCCCGUCCUCUUACUUUGACGAGGAGGACUUCUUCACCGACCAGUCUUCUCGGGACCCUCUGGAGGACGGCGAUGAGCUACUGGCCGACGAGCAGGCCGAGGUGGAGUUCCUCAGCCACCAGCUGCACGAGUACUGCUACCGCGACGAGGCGUGCCUGCUGCUGCAGUCCGCGCCUCCGGCGGCCCCCCACGCACUCGCCCCGCCGCCCCCGGGGGGUUCUGGAGAGCCGGAGGACUGCGGCGGCGGCGGCUACUGCUGCGAGGCGGGGGCGCCCCCCGGCGGCUUCCCUUACUCGCCCGGCUCUCCGCCCUCGUGCCUGGCCUACCGGUGCGCCGGGGCGGCCGCGCUGUCCCCGAGGGCGCGGCUGCGUGGCUUGAGCGGGGCGGCGGCUGCGCGGCGGCGGCGGCGGGUGCGUUCCGAGGCGGAGCUGCAGCAGCUGCGGCAGGCUGCCAACGUGCGCGAGCGGCGGCGCAUGCAGUCCAUCAACGACGCCUUCGAGGGGCUGCGCUCGCACAUCCCCACGCUGCCCUACGAAAAGCGCCUCUCCAAGGUGGACACGCUGCGCCUGGCCAUCGGCUACAUCAACUUCCUCAGCGAGCUGGUGCAGGCCGACCUGCCCCUGCGCGGCGGCGGCGCGGGCGGCGGCAGGGGGCCCGGCGGCGGAGGGCGCCUGGGCGCGGACAGCCCGAGCAGCCAGGCCCAGAAGGUCAUCAUCUGCCACCGGGGUACUCGGUCCCCCUCCCCCAGCGACCCGGAUUAUGGCCUCCCUCCCCUUGCAGGACACUCUCUCUCUUGGACUGAUGAAAAACAACUCAAAGAACAAAAUAUUAUCCGAACAGCCAAAGUGUGGACCCCAGAGGACCCCAGAAAACUCAACAGCAAGCCUUCCUUCAACAACAUAGAAAACGAACCGCCCUUUGAGUUUGUGUCCUGA